AUGGUCGGUCAGGCAUUCUUCGCACUCAAGCACAAGCUUUUCCCCUCGUUCGAGGCGAAGAGGUAUCAUUUGCAGUUCAGGCAUGCUGCGCUCGUGUUGAUGAUGCUCACAUGCGCCUCCUUCACUCUUCCUGCCUACCAUCAGACGAUGCCUUUUGAGGAUUCAGACUACUUUGGAUCCCCCGAAUUGCCUGUCGAGAGCUCGUAUGCCCGCAUCCAUCGCUUUGUGGGCGGUAUCUUCUACUACAACAUCGUCGUCUCCUUCUGGAUCGCCUUUUGCCUCUGUGCCGAGGGCAUUCUACAACGUUCGUCGCCGGUCUGGUACGAGUUCGCCUGGGUGGGCCUUACCAUCGUUGGAGAGCUCGUCUGCCUCGGCCUCAUGGCCUCGAGCCGCCCCGAUGCAUGCGACUACCACUUUGGCAUUGACCGCACCUUACCCCUCAACGGCAAGUUCACUCCUCAAAACUCGAUCACGAGUCUCUGCUCCAACUGGCGAGGAAUGACCGGACUGUUGGCUGCUAUCGCUGCGCUUUUCGUCCUGCAUAUGACUUGGCACAUUAUUAUCGCUGCCCGUUACAUGCGUGUCCGCCCUGGCUACCUCACCAACCCCAUCCCCGACUACCGCUGGACCCUCACCCGCGCUCUCGACCGCCUCGAGCCCCAAUCCCCAUCCACUGACGUCGAAAAAGCCGCCGCCGCCAAGGAAAAACAACUCGAGACGACCUCGAGCGAUUUCACGUCUAGGGCGACCGACUCGGUAUCUUUCCCGCUCACCCCCACAUCCGAAGACUACUCUAACUUUUCCCGGUUGCCGGCCAACCCCAAGCCCGUGAUCCUCGAACAGAGCACGGUCACGAGGAGCGAUACGAGUUCGAUCGUCGAGGCCGAGGGAGCGGGCAAAGUCCACGCGCCGUUUUCGUAUGACUCCAAGUAA